GUGAUACAAAUCGCAAACAAGUUUGUUUUGCUUGCUCCAGAAGUAUAGACAAUUGUAGCAUUUCUGUGAAGUAAAAAGCUUUGAUAUCAUUUUAAUGAAUAAAACUGGAGACGUGGAAUGGCGUUUAUUUGCAACAAUUUGCCGAUUACACAUUAUCCGGUUUCUGCCGGACCGGUCUGAAACCCGAAUGGCAAUUUUCGACCGUAUCAACCUCUUCACGGCGCCGUGAUGCAGCCGUCUACUGCGACUGCAUUGUCCGAUGACCGGACAAGUAUUAUUCGCGAUGACAGUAGCAUAGUAUCGACGGCUGGUGGACACAUCAGUUUGGGAAACAACUACCAGUGUUGUGGAACAAAUUCUGUGAUACAAGUUUCUGUUCAAAGAGAAGCAAUGGUCACAGGUGCACGAUGUCAUCAUUGAGCAUAUUGCCACGGACUGUGUUAUUAACGGCAACAUCCCUUAUUUGAAAUUAUUCCUGAAUUUCUGGGUAUUCUAGUUUUACCUGACCCGGAACGCGAUCAACGACGAGACCGAGGCACUCAAGUUCAAAAUGUUCCCAUGCCCGAUGCCAAAGCAUUGGUUCUGCCAGAACAAAAUUCCAGCUUAUCUGAUUCGCGAUCAAUGCAAUUUUUGCUCCAAUAUGUGCAAUGAGAAAUUCCAUCAUUUGCUAGUUCCCUCUAGUCAAGAGCAGAAGCUAGAGAGUGUCCUGCAAAAGUGGAGCAGUUCCACUUCCCAUUUGAGCAGUUAUCCUACAUGCGACAAAUGUCGUCAAGAAUUGAUAACCGUCCACAACAUUCCCGAGAGCUGCUUCCAAAUUUUGCCCAACAUCGAACCGACUGACAUCAAGAUGGAUCCAGAGUUAAUGAUUGAUGACAACGAACUGUCAGAUGAUGAAAAAUUUUUUGAGAAAGACUCAGCGGUGGAUUCGGGGCCGAUCGAACAGGCUGUCGAAAUGCAAAUCAGAAGAGGAAACGAAGAAGAAGUAUUCAUCGUACGCGAAAGGGAUAAAGACGACAAUAUGUCAUCAAUACCAGAUGCUGGAACAAAAACACAAAGAACAGUUGAAUUGGAUGCUUCGCAUGAUGAAAUUCACUCACCUUCAGAACGUCGUAAAUGCGAACGUCCCUAUUUUUGUCCACAAUGUCCGAAGGCGUUCGUAAAAAGUUCAGUGCUUCGAAGCCACAUUCUAACUCAUACGGGAGAAAAGCCAUUUAAAUGUGAAAAAUGUGAAAAAACAUUUAGCCGAAAAUACGCACUCAAAAUGCACGUUCGAAUUCAUACUGGUGAACGUCCCUAUUCAUGUCCACAGUGUCAGAAGCGAUUCAUAGAUAUUAGGCAUCUCCGAAAGCACAUUCGAUCUCAUUCGGAUGAACGUCCUUAUUCUUGUCCGGUUUGUCCAAAAGCGUUUAAGGAACCUUCAACACUCCAAGAUCACAUUGGAACUCAUAGUGAUCAACGUCCAAUAAGUUAUUUGGAUUUGGACGGAAGUUUAAUGAAAAACCACAUCCUAUUACCCAUAGGAAAUGGCCCAUUUAAAUGUGAAAAGUGUGAUAAAACAUUUUCCUCAAAAUAUAAAUUGAAAGUGCACAUUCUGACUCAUACGGAUGAACGGCCCUGUUCCUGUCCACAUUGUCCAAAGGCGUUCAGUGAUCCUGCAACGCUCCAAAAGCACAUUCGAAUUCAUACGGGCGAACGUCCCUAUUCUUGUCCACAUUGUCCGAAGGCGUUUACAAAAUUUUCAGUACUCCAAGGCCACAUUCGAGUUCACACGGGAGAAAAACCGUUUAAAUGUGAAAAGUGUGAAAAAAUGUUCAGUCGGAAAUACGAACUCAAAGUGCACUUUCGAACUCAUACGGGUGAACGUUCCUAUUCAUGUCCACAUUGUCGAAAAGAAUUCAGUCAUACUUCAAUUCUCCACAGGCACAUUCGAUCUCAUUCGGAUGAACGUCCUUUUUCUUGUCCACAUUGUCCGAAGGCGUUUGCAAAAUCUUCAGUGCUCCAAUGCCACAUUCGACUUCAUACGGGAGAAAAACCGUUUCAAUGUGAAAAGUGUGAAAAAACAUUUUGCCGGAAAUACGAACUCACAGUGCACAUUCGGGAUCAUACGGGUGAAUGUCCCCAUCCUUGUCCACAUUGUCCGAAGGUGUUUAUUAAUCAUUCAACGCUCCAAACGCACAUUCGAAUUCACACGGGUGAACGUCCCUAUUCUUGUCCACAUUGUCCGAAGGCGUUUAGGGAUCCUUCAACGCUCCGAAAGCACAUUCGAAUUCACACGGGUGAACGUCCCUAUUCCUGUCCACAUUGUCCGAAGACGUUUAGAAUAUCUUCAAUACUCCAGAACCACAUUCGAGCACAUAUGGGAGAAAGACCGUUUAAAUGUGAAAAGUGUGAAAAAACAUUUAAAAGAAAAUGCACACUCGAAGUGCACGUUCGAACUCAUAGGGAUGAACCUCCAAGAAAAAGUGAUUUGGAUUUGGACGAAAGCUUGAUGAAAGACCAAUUACAACCGAGUGAGAAUGAGGUGUUGUAUUUUGUAAACAUUGACUGAAGAUAUUUUUCAUGAAAGGAACCACUUAAAUGUGAAAAGUGUGAAAAAACAUUAGACUAAAAAUGCACAUUCGAACUCAUAUGGAUAAAUGUCCCUACUGGUGGAUAAUGUCGGGGACAUAACCGGAGAGACGUAGAACUACACUGUCCAUUGAAAUUAAUACAGCUGGUGGCCAUAGCUCAUGUUUGAAUCGAUUCUUCGAAUUUCCUGAAGCACAGAUCCUAGAAUUACAACGACUGCGUAUACCAAACUGUCUGACAUUUCAUGCACAAAAUCACAGUUGUUGGAGGUCUAUGCUAGAAAAAAAAAGGUGGAUUAUAUCUAUGAUAAGGCAAGAUUGACGUGGGACUACCAUUGGCUUAGUAAUUUUUUGUUUGUAUUGAUUAAAUUAUUGAUUGAAUGAAACAAGAAGUUUCAUUGAAUGCUUUAUAUGUACAAAGUUUGAACAAUUGCUAUGUAAGAUCAAUUCAUGCAUUGUAAUAGAUUUUGUUUUUCGUUACAAGUAAAUUUGAUGACCCUCCUUUUACGUUUGAUAUGAUGCCUUGGACUACCAAAAUAUAUGAACGGAAGAAUUCUCAAACGAUC